ACAUUUAACGGAAGGAAUUAUAACGGAAAUAUUUGAUAACAACAACACCUGCUACAGUGGUGUGUGUGUGUAGUCUUCUAGAAUUUUAACCCUGAAAACAGCGAAUAUAAUAAUUGAACAAAUGUAUUAAAUUCCAAAGCUCCACACAUAAAUUUCAAUUGAGUAAAGUAUUGCCAUUGUAACAUGUGAUUACUUAACUCAGAUCUUCAAUUAACGGUAAUCAUUUGCGAAUAAUGUGUGGAACGUGAUUUGAAGGCAAAAGCGAGAAAUGUGCGAAAUAAAGACGAUGCUUCACAUAAGAAAGUGUUUGCUGUGGAGUGAUAUUAUUACCUAAAACAACAAUAUUCCGGCGGCGAGUCAAUUUCAGUGUAAAAUCGGGCAAUUACAUUUGUUUCAACAAACCAACAAGUAUUAAAGAUAUUGGAGAAGGGUGCAUACUAAUAGACGCAUAGUUAUAAAAUUUCAAAGGAGAUGGAGUGAAGAAUACGAGUAUAACUAAUUAUAUUAGAGUAUAGAAAAUACUUAAUACAACAUCAGCGCAUAUUUAAUUAUAAUGAAAGUGUACAUACAUUAAUUGGACUGUAUGCAACCACACCAAAUAAAUGGUUUCGUAAAUAUCCUUUACGUGUCAUUUUAACUAAUAAAUCGUGUCUUCCGUGGAUCCACCAAAAGCUGUUCAUUUGCUAUUGAAAAAUACAUCGCUUCUUUGUCGCCUCACCUAUUUAUGUAUGUCUUCCGAUCCGAUGGAUGAUAAGCGAGCGAUUGGGAAAAUGAGUAAACGGCGAAAAGCUUCAUUUAAUUAUGCAGCGACCAAACGUUGGAGUCAAACGCCUCGCCAGCUGCCACUUGCCAGCGCAAGAACGACUGAUAUUAUCAUGUCACUCAUGAUAGCCUUUCUGGUCGUCAUCGUUACAACCAGUACAGAUGCUUCCAACUACUUUGACACCCAAGGACCUAAUUUUUCGCAUGAGCCGCCAUCGCGCAUCGAAUUCACCAACAAUGCUGGCAGCAUUGCCGAUUGCAUAGCGCAUGGCAAUCCACCGCCGAAUGUCGAAUGGCUGGACAAGGACAAUAAUCCCAUCACCUCGAUAUCAAAGGUCCGUCAUAUGCUUGCCAACGGUUCACUCUAUUUCCCUCCCUUCGAAGCGGAAGAGUUCCGUCAAGAUGUCCAUUGGUCCGUGUAUCAUUGUGUGGCCAGCAAUGCUGUGGGUACAAUUGUUUCUCGUGACGUUGUGAUCAAAGCAGAUGGGAAAAAUCGUAUGCUGCCGACCGGCGAACUUCUGGUAUACAACAUCACUCGCACCCAUGCGCUCAAAGUUUAUCGCUGCCGCACCCAUCGCAAGCUGACGGGGGCAAAUUUAAUUGACUGCUGGCAUACGAAACGACCAAACAACGAGGAGCCCAUACAGCAAUUGCUGGCGACAGGUCGUGCAAAAAUCAAGGAAGGCACGCUAACUAUAACCGCAGUCGAUAGGUCCGACAGCGGAGCCUUCUUCUGCACCGCCACAAACUCAGAAGACAGCGAAACUUUGGAAGUACAAAUUGCCGUUACAUCACCCACCGUGCAAACAGCAAAUCUGGGCAAAACCGCAAACUUGAUUUCCAGCAUUUCGGUCUUCCCAAAACAGAGUGUUUUUUGGCUGAAGGAUGGUCAGCCACUGCGUUCCAGCGCACGCGUCCGUCUACUCUCCACAGAGCACAUACGCAUUACGUCCAUUACGAAGAAGGACAAAAGGAUGUAUAAGUGUAUUGUGAAAAAUGAUUUGGAGUCGGCCCAAAUCACAGCGGAAUUGCGACUAGGAGGUGAGUGGAAUGCUAAUUAUGGCAAUUACUUAAUUUUACUUCAUAACUCUAACUAA